AUGGACAGGGAAAUGGCCCAGGACAGGGAGCUGGUCAUGGCCAGGGAAGUGGCCCAGGACAGGGAAGUGGCCAGGGAGCUGGUCGUGGCCAGGGAAGUGGCCCAGGACAGGGAGCUGGUCGUGGCCAAGGAAGUGGCCCAGGACAGGGAGCUGGAGCUGGUCAGGGAAGUGGAGCUGGUCAGGGACGUAGCUCAGGACAGGGAACUGGUCAUGGACAGGGAAAUGGCCCAGGACAGGGAGCUGGUCAUGGCCAGGGAAGUGGCCCAGGACAGGGAAGUGGCCAGGGAGCUGGUCGUGGCCAGGGAAGUGGCCCAGGACAGGGAAGUGGCCAAGGAGCUGGUCGUGGUCAGGGAAGUGGCCCAGGACAGGGAGCUGGUCGUGGUCGGGGAAGUGACCCAGGAGAGGGAGCUGCUGGUCAGGGAAGUGGAGCUGGUCAGGGAUGUAGCUCAGGACAGGGAACUGGUCAUGGACAGGGAAAUGGCCCAGGACAGGGAGCUGGUCGUGGCCAGGGAAGUGGCACAGGACAGGGAGCUGGUCGUGGUCGGGGAAGUGACCCAGGAGAGGGAGCUGGACAGGGAGCUGGUGAGGGAAGUGGAGCUGGUCGUGGCCAGGGAAAUGGCCCAGGACAGGGAGCUGGUGAGGGAAGUGGAGCUGGUCGUGGCCAGGGAAGUGGCCCAGGAGAGGGAGCUGGUCAGGCAAGUGGCCCAGGACAGGGAGCUGGUCGUGGCCAGGGAAGUGGCCCAGGAGAGGGAGCUGGGAAGUGGCCCAGGAGAGGGAGCUGGUCGUGGCCAGGGAAGUGGCCCAGGAGAGGGAGCUGGUCGUGGCCAGGGAAGUGGCCCAGGAGAGGGAGCUGGUCGUGGCCAGGGAAGUGGCCCAGGAGAGGGAGCUGGUCGUGGCCAGGGAAGUGGCCAAGGCCAAGGAACUGACCAGGGAAGUGGCCAAGGCCAAGGAACUGACCAGGGAAGUGGCCAAGGCCGGGGAACCGACCAGGGAAGUGGUCAGGGAAGUGGUGGUGGAGCUGCCCAAGGUUGGGGAAGUGGUGAAGGAAGUGAUCAUGGCUGGGGAAAUGGCCCACGACAGGGAGCUGGUCAGGGAAGUGGCAAAGGCCUGGGAACUGAUCUGGGAAGCGGCCAAGGCCGGGGAACUGAUCUGGGAAGCGGCCAAGGCCGGGGAAGUGGCCGGGGGGCUGGCCAAGGACAGAGAAGUGGUCAAGGAAGUGGUCUGGGAAGUGGCCAAGGUCAGGAAAGUGGUCAGGGAAGUGGUCUGGGAAGUGGCCAAGCAUGGGGAAAUGGCCAAGGCCAGGAUAGUGGUCUGGGAAGUGGCCAAGGACAGGGAAGUGUCCAAGGACCGGGGAGUGGCCCAGGACAGGGAGCUGGUCAGGGAAGUACCGCUAGAGUUAGUCAAGGCCCGGGAAGUGGUCAGGGAAUUGGUCAGGGAAGUGGCCAAGGACAGGAAAGCCUUCAGGGAAGUGGUCCAGGCCUGGGAGCUGGCCAAGGACAGGCAAGUGGCCCCGGAGCUGGCCAAGGACUGGGAAGUAGCCGUGGAAGUGGCCAGGAAAGUGGCCAAGGAGCUGGUCAGGGAAGUGGUCAGGGAACUGGACAAGGUCAGGGAACUGGCCAGGGAACUGGCCAAGGACAGGGAACUGGCCAGGGAAGUGGCCAAGGCCAGGGAAGUGGUUUGGAAAGUGGCCAUGGGCAGGGAAGUGGUCAGGGAACUGGCCAAGGACGGGGAACUGGCCAAGGACUGGGAAGUGGCCCGGGGGCUGGCCAAAGAAAGGGAACUGGUCUGGGAAGUGGUCAAGGCCAGGGAGCUGGUCAGGGAAGUGGCCGUGGAGCUGGCCAAGUCUGGGGAAGUGGCCAAGGAAGUGGUCACGGCCGGGGAAGUGGUCAGGGAAUUAGUCAGGAAAGUGGCCAAGGAGCUGGUCAGGGAAGCGCUCGAGGCAGGGGAACUGAUCUGAAAAGUGGUCAAGGCCAGGGAAGUGGUCAGGGAAGUGGCCAAGGACAGGGAACUGAUCUGGGAAGUGGCCAAGGACUGGAAAGUGGUCAAGGCCAAGGAACUGGCCUCGGAAGUGUCCAGGGAACUGGCCAAGGAUGGGGAACUGGCCAAGGACGGGGAACUGGCCAAGGACGGGGAAGUGGUUUGGAAAGUGGCCAAGGACGGGGAACUGGCCAAGGACUGGGAAGUGGUUUGGAUAGUGGCCAAGGGCAGGGAAGUGGUCCAGGCCAAGGAACUGGCCUGGGAAGUGUCAAGGGAACUGGCCAAGGUCGGGGAACUGGUCUGGGAAGUGGCCAAGGACUGGGAAGUGGCCCGGGGGCUGGCCAAGGACAGGGAACUGGUCUGGGAAGUGGUCAAGGCCAGGGAGCUGGCCAAGGACAAGCAAGUGGCCCAGGAGCUGGCCAAGGACUGGGAAGUAGCCGUGGAAGUGACCAUGAAACUGGCCAAGGAGCUGGUCAGGGAAGUGGUCAGGGAAUUGGUCAGGGAAGUGGCCAAGGACAGGAAAGUGGUCAGGGAAGUGGUCCAGGCCUGGGAGCUGGCCAAGUACACGCAAGUGGCCCGAGAGCUGGCCAAGGACUGGGAAGUAGCAAUGGAAGUGGCCAGGAAACUGGCCAAGGAGCUGGUCAGGGAAGUGGUCAGGGAACUGGACAAGGUCAGGGAAGCGGACAAGGCAGGGGAACUGGUCUGGGAAGUGGCCAAGGCCAGGGAAGUGGUCAGGGAACUAGUUGGGGAAGUGGUCAAGGAAUUGGCCUAGGCUGGGGCAGUGCUCAAGGCUGGGGCAGUGGUCAAGGCCAGGGAAUUGGACAGGGCAGUGGCCCGGGGGCUGGCCAAGGACAGGGAAGUGGCCGUGGAAGUGGUCAGGAAAGUGGCCAAGGAGCUGGCCAGGGAAGUGGCCCGGGGGCUGGCCAAGGACUGGGAAGUAGCAAUGGAAGUGGCCAGGAAACUGGCCAAGGAGCUGGUCAGGGAAGUGGUCAGGGAACUGGACAAGGUCAGGGAAGCGCACAAGGCAGGGGAACUGGUCUGGGAAGUGGCCAAGGACAGGGAAGUGGUCUGGGAAGUGGCCAUGGGCAGGGAAGUGGUCUGGGAAGUGGCCAUGGCCAGGGAACUGGUCAGGGAACUGGUCAAGGCCAGGGAAGUGGUUUGGAAAGUGGCCAAGGGCAGGGAAGUCGUCCAGGCCAAGGAACUGGCCUGGGAAGUGUCCAGGGAACUGGUCUGGGAAGUGGUCAAGGCCGGGGAACUGGUCAGGGAAGUGGCCAAGGCCAGAGAGCUGGUCAGGGAACUGGUCAAGGCCAGGCAAGUGGCCAAGCACAGGGGAGUGGCCCAGGACAGGGAGCUGGUCAGGGAAGUGGCCAAGGCCAGAGAGCUGGUCAGGGAACUGGUCAAGGCCAGGCAAGUGGCCAAGCACAGGGGAGUGGCCCAGGACAGGGAGCUGGUCAGGGAAGUGGCCGUGGAGCUGGCCAAGUCUGGGGAAGUGGUCAGGGAAUUAGUCAGGGAAGUGGCCUGGAAAGUGGCCGAGGAGCUGGUCAGGGAAGCGCUCGAGGCAGGGGAACUGGUCUGAAAAGUGGUCAAGGCCAGGGAAGUGGCCAAGGACAGGGAAAUGAUCUGGAAAGUGGUCAAGGCCUGGAAAGUGGUCAAGGCCAAGGAACUGGCCUCGGAAGUGUCCAGGGAAGUGGCCAAGGCCGGGGAACUGGUCUGGGAAGUGGCCAAGGCCGGGGAACUGGUCUGGGAAGUGGCCAAGGACAGGGGAGUGGCCCGGGGGCUGGCCAAGGACAGGGGAGUGGCCCGGGGGCUGGCCAAGGACAGGGGAGUGGCCCGGGGGCUGGCCAGGGACAGGGAAGUGGUUUGGAAAGUGGCCAAGGGCAGGGAAGUGGUCCAGGCCAAGGAACUGGCCUGGGAAGUGUCCAGGGAACUGGCCAAGGCCGGGGAACUGAUCUGGGAAGUGGCCAAGGACUGGGAAGUGGCCCGGGGGCUGGCCAAGGACAGGGAACUGGUCUGGGAAGUGGUCAAGGCCAGGGAGCUGGUCAGGGAAGUGGUGGUGGAGCUGGCCAAGGUUGGGGAAGUGGCCAAGGAAGUGAUCAUGGCUGGGGAAAUGGCCCACGACAGGGAGCUGGUCAGGGAAGUGGCCCAAGAGUUGGUCAAGGCCAGGGAAGUGGUCAGGGAACUAGUUGGGGAAGUGGUCAAGGAAUUGGCCUAGGCUGGGGCAGUGCUCAAGGCUGGGGCAGUGGUCAAGGCCAGGGAAUUGGACAGGGCAGUGGCCCGGGGGCUGGCCAAGGACAGGGAAGUGGCCGUGGAAGUGGUCAGGAAAGUGGCCAAGGAGCUGGCCAGGGAAGUGGCCCGGGGGCUGGCCAAGGACAUGGAAGUAGCCAUGGAAGUGGCCAAGGAGCUGGUCAGGGAAGUGACCAGGGAACUGGACAAGGUCAGGAAAGUGGUCGAAGCAGGGGAAGUGGUCAAGGCCAGGGAAGUGGUCUAGGAACUGGUCAAGGACAGGGAAGUGGCCAGGGAACUGGUCAAGGACAGGGAAGUGGCCAAGGACAGGGAAGUGGUUUGGAAAGUGGCCAAGGGCAGGGAAGUGGUCCAGGCCAAGGAACUGGCCUGGGAAGUGUCCAGGGAACUGGCCAAGGCCGGGGAACUGAUAUGGGAAGUGGCCAAGGACUGGGAAGUGGCCCGGGAGCUGGCCAAGGACUGGGAAGUGGCCAGGAAAGUGGCCAAGGAGCUGGUCAGGGAAGUGGCCAAGGACAGGAAAGUGGUCAAGGAAGUGGUCCAGGCCUGGGAGCUGGCCAAGGACAGGCAAGUGGCCCGGGAGCUGGCCAAGGACAGGGAAGUGGCCAGGAAAGUGGCCAAGGAGCUGGUCAGGGAAGUGGUCAGGGAACUGGACAAGGUCAGGGAAGCGGACGAGGCAGGGGAACUGGCCAGGGAAGUGGCCAAGGCCAGGGAAGUGGCCAAGGACAGGGAAGUGGUUUGGAAAGUGGCCAAGGGCAGGGAAGUGGUCCAGGCCAAGGAACUGGCCUGGGAAGUGUCCAGGAAACUGGCCAAGGUCGGGGAACUGGUCUGGGAAGUGGUCAAGGCCGGGGAACUGGUCUGGGAAGUGGCCAAGGCCGGAGAGCUGGUCAGGGAAGUGGCCUAGGCCGGGGAACUGAUCUGGGAAGUGGCCAAGGACUGGGAAGUGGCCCGGGGGCUGGCCAAGGACAGGGAACUGGUCUGGGAAGUGGUCAAGGCCAGGGAGCUGGUCAGGGAAGUGGUGGUGGAGCUGGCCAAGGUUGGGGAAGUGGCCAAGGAAGUGAUCAUGGCUGGGGAAAUGGCCCACGACAGGGAGCUGGUCAGGGAAGUGGCCUAAGAGUUGGUCAAGGCCAGGGAAGUGGUCAGGGAACUAGUUGGGGAAGUGGUCAAGGAAUUGGCCUAGGCUGGGGCAGUGCUCAAGGCUGGGGCAGUGGUCAAGGCCAGGGAAUUGGACAGGGCAGUGGCCCGGGGGCUGGCCAAGGACAGGGAAGUGGCCGUGGAAGUGGUCAGGAAAGUGGCCAAGGAGCUGGCCAGGGAAGUGGCCCGGGAGCUGGCCAAGGACAUGGAAGUAGCCAUGGAAGUGGCCAAGGAGCUGGUCAGGGAAGUGACCGGGGAACUGGACAAGGUCAGGGAAGUGGUCGAGGCAGGGGAAGUGGUCAAGGCCAGGGAAGUGGUCUAGGAAUUGGUCAAGGCCAGGGAAGUGGCCAGGGAAGUGGCCAAGGACGGGGAAGUGGUCAGGGGCGGGGAAGUGGUCAGGCAAGUGGUCGGGGAAUUUCUCGAGGUCAGGGAACUGAACUAGAACGUGGUCAAGGAACUGGUCAAGGCUGAGGAAUUGGUCAAACAAGUGGUCAAGUUUGGGGAAGUGGUCAGGGAAGAGGUCAAAGUUGGGGAAGUGGUCAAGGCCAGGGACAUGGCCAGGGAACUGGUCAUAAUCAGGGAAAUGGACAUUGAAAUGGUCUUGUUUUCUGCAUAAUAUUUCUCCUCUGGAAAUUAAAUGAAUUAAAAAGUAAAGGUAAUUUGC